GUGUCUGUCAGGUUGGGCAUGGAGUGAGCUCAGGUGUGUGCGAGAUAAAUGGCUCAUUUAAAUUGGGAGCUACUAAAAUACUCUCUGGCUGGCAAAUGCAGUGCCUAGCAGCAGUCAUCAAGGACGAACCAAACAUGAGUGGUGGAGGGGAACAGGUCGACAUUCUUCCGGCCAAUUACGUGGUCAAAGAUCGUUGGAAAGUGUUGAAGAAGAUUGGUGGUGGUGGCUUUGGGGAGAUCUAUGAGGCGAUGGAUUUGCUGACCCGUGAGAACGUGGCCUUGAAGGUAGAAUCAGCCCAGCAGCCCAAGCAAGUUCUCAAGAUGGAAGUGGCUGUCCUGAAAAAGCUGCAAGGGAAGGAUCAUGUUUGCAGAUUUAUUGGCUGUGGAAGAAAUGAAAAAUUCAAUUAUGUAGUUAUGCAGCUUCAGGGCCGAAAUCUUGCAGAUCUCAGAAGGAGUCAGCCUCGAGGGACUUUCACGCUGAGCACAACGCUGCGAUUAGGCAAACAGAUUCUAGAAUCAAUAGAAGCCAUUCACUCUGUGGGAUUCCUGCAUCGUGACAUCAAGCCUUCAAAUUUUGCCAUGGGCCGCUUACCUUCAACAUACAGAAAGUGCUACAUGUUAGACUUUGGUCUGGCCCGUCAGUAUACCAACACCACUGGGGAAGUCCGGCCACCCCGCAAUGUUGCUGGUUUUCGAGGAACGGUCCGCUAUGCCUCUGUGAAUGCACACAAAAACCGAGAGAUGGGUAGACAUGAUGACCUGUGGUCCCUCUUUUACAUGUUGGUGGAGUUUGCGGUUGGUCAGCUUCCAUGGCGAAAGAUCAAAGAUAAGGAGCAAGUUGGCAUGAUAAAAGAAAAGUAUGAACACCGAAUGCUGCUAAAACACAUGCCUUCAGAGUUCCACCUUUUUCUGGAUCACAUUGCAAGCCUAGACUACUUCACCAAGCCAGACUAUCAGCUAAUCAUGUCCGUUUUUGAGAACAGCAUGAAAGAAAGAGGCAUCACUGAAAAUGAAGCCUUUGACUGGGAGAAAGCUGGUACAGAUAUUUUGUUGUCCACUAGCACCUCAACUCCACCACAGCAAAACACCAGGCAAACAGCAGCCAUGUUUGGGGUGGUUAAUGUCACUCCAGUACCUGGGGACUUGCUUCGUGAGAACACUGAGGAUGUCCUACAGGGUGAACAUCUGAGUGAUCAAGAGAAUGCUCCUCCCAUCCUGUCAGGCCGGCCAGUGGAAGGUCUUGGUCAGACUCCAAACACCGCUUUCAAUGAGGGUGAAGUUUGGGAAGAGACAGAUGUGAAUCGCAACAAACUCAGGAUCAGCAUCAGCAAAACUCAGUGCAUGGUGGAAGAGGAGCAGAGAAACGGUGUCUGCCCCAGUUCCCCUGUCCGAGUGCCUCCGGAGUCCCCCACCGCACAAGUACGCUCCCUCAGAUACCGCCGUGUGAACAGCCCGGAGUCAGAACGCCUCUCCACUGCUGAUGGCAAAGGGGAUCCACAUGAAAGAAGAUCUCGAAUGGAUAUACCUGGCUCUCCAUCACGGCUUGUAUGCUCCUCCCAGCCAGCCCAGAUGCUGUCCAUUGAUACUGGCCAGGCUGACCGGCAGGCGAGUGGUAGGAUGGAUGUGUCUGCUUCGGUGGAACACGAAGCCCUCAGCAAUGCUUUCCGCUCAGUGCCACUUGCAGAAGAGGAGGACUUUGAUAGCAAGGAGUGGGUUAUCAUUGAUAAGGAGACAGAACUGAAGGACUUUCACCCAGGUGCUGAGCCAAGCACCUCUGGAACCACGGAUGAGGAGCCCGAGGAACUAAGGCCUAUUGAAGAUGGUGAAGAGAGAAGGCGCUUGGGGGCAGAUGCUGCAGUCAGGCCGAAGACGCAUGAUGGGCGAAGUCGGGGUAUGCAGCCUGUGACUGAGGAGGACAGUUCCCACAGACAUGAAGGACCUUCUCAAACAGUAUCUGACAGUAGACAUGAACAGCAGACAGGAAGUCCAGCCCACUCCCCCUUACAUUCAGCACCAGCUCUCCGACAAAGGAGACGAGAAUCUGAACCUACUGGUCCUCAGAGACAGGCAUAUAUGCUGAAGUCGUUUGAAAUGAAUGGCCUGCCCAAGGUAGUCCCUUUAAGUUUGCCUUAUCAAGACUUCAGAAAAGACAUGUCAGACUACUGGGAAAAGCCUAAGGUAUCCCAGCGGAUAAAGAAAGUUGAUUUUUCAAAUAUUGUCUUGACUGCUCCUUGCAAACCUCUGGAACCUUAUCUGGAAAUGAAUGGAAAAGAAGAGGAGGAAGAAGAUGAGGAAGACUACGAGGAGGAGGAAGAUGAGGAGGAUGAGGGGGAGGAGGGAAGCAAUGAGAUUGACAUGCACAGUGGUUCCAGCAGCGACCUGAGUCAAAAAAGCACAGAGCGCAGCCAGGAGUGUGCACCAUCCACACUCCUGGCUGAUGACCAGAAGGGAUCGAAGGGUCGAGCAUCCACUGCUGACGGGGACGUGGAGCUGGAGGAAGGCUCAAAAACACUAGUGCUGUUUUCACCAGGUGAUCUGAAAAAGUCUCCUGUGGCCACAGACUUAGCUCCAGAAGUUGAUCUGGGCACUCUUGCUGCACUGACACCUCAGAGCGAGCGGCCUCAGCCUAUGGGUAGCCAACUGGAUGUAUCUGAGCCAGGGACCCUGUCCUCAGUCCUUAAAUCUGAACCAAAGCCUCCCGUGGCAGUGGCUACAGCUUCCUCCCCCUUUACCAAAGUUGAGCGCACAUUUGUUCAUAUUGCUGAAAAGACCCACUUAAAUGUCAUGUCUUCCAGCAGCCAGCUGAUGCGGCAUGAGGAGUACUGCCCUCCGGGACAGUUUGAGGAAGUAAUUAUUGAAGAAGAGCUGGAGGACAACUUGGUCCUGGUAGAGAAUGGAAGCAUACAUUCGGGGCUAGAAGGGGCGGAGACCGAGAGCUGUGCACUUUCAGCUAAUCACAUUGAAACCACCUCAGAGACAGUGGGGGAGCAGCUGGCCCUUCCCAACGGCAUAGCAAAGCCUCCUGAGGACAAGCAGAAGCUCUCCAGCAAAGUGGUGCUCUCGCUGGAUUUGGAAGAGCCUGGCAAGGUGGUUACCAGGGAGACUGGCCUUGAGAAGCCAGCAUCAGUAGCAGGACACCUUAAGCGAGAAGAGACCCUCCUUGACACACCACAGCAGGGCCCCAGGAGGCUGCUGGGCUCCAGGUAUAGAAGUCGGAUACCCAUUUUGUUCUCUGAGGAGGAUACCGGCUCAGAUCUUUCAACUUCACUCUCAGCCAAAGAACGGCUUUAUAAGAGGGCAAAGCAACCUGACUUGGCUCGCCUGGUGAUGGAGAAGAGACAGAACCGCCUCAUCCGGCUGGCCUCUGGGGCUUCCUCCUCAGCCUCCUCCAGCGACGAGAGACGGCGAGCCUCAGAAACCCUGUCAGCCACUGGUUCUGAGGAGGACACCCAUGACUCUGAUGAUUCUAUCCCAAGGAAGGGAGGGAAGAAGGCUGCACUCCUGGGGAAAGAAGAGAGACCCAUAAGCACAAAGAGCAGAAUUCCUCGUCCUGUCACACCAGUGAAAACACCACUGGAGGCAGGAAGGUCAGAGAUCUCCGUGGCUGUCGCAAUUGCAGGGCUGUGCAACUCCCCGCAGGAUGCAGCUGCUGUCUGCAGGCUUCAGACACAGAGACCAGCUGGAGGUGUCCCAAAUGAAUGCCGAAUAACGCAGGUACAAAGCCGGCUUCCGUCUUCACCAAGUUCUACUUCUCUUCCUCCACGGAGCAGCUCACGGAGGUCCAGCGGUGCAUCCCCUCGGAGCCCUGUCCUUCCUUCAAGGAACCCCAGUACGUCCCCCAAAAGCCAGCUGCCACCUCGGAGGGAAAGUCCUUCUCCCUGCCGACAGCGUAAGCCAGGGACUGCUCCUCAGCGAGUUCCUCCUUCCCCCCGACCUCAGCCCUCAGCUCAGGCUCAGGGGCCAACAGGAGAUUCCCUGCCAUCUCCUAGCAUGGCCAAAAAACGACAAAGAGGAAAAACCCAGACUCAGAGUCCAGCAACCAAAGGAAAGCAGAUGUCCCUGGAAAGUAAGGCAGCUGCCAGAUAAUGAUCUUCUUCUGCGAGCCCAACACACUGGGUAACUUCUGAGUAUAGUAUACACUUGAGAUGCUGCAGCACAGCCUUCCAUGCUGGACCCACGAGUGUAUAGCGGUAGCUGUACUUCAAUGCUUCACUCACACUCUCACCCCACACUGCAAUCAGCUCCCAUGGGCCUGACAGCCUCUGAGCCACGGAGCCUUCUUCAAGGGAGACAUCCAGCCCUCAGCUCACGCUUGCUAGCGCACAGCACCAAACAGUGACCCCAGGCAGCCUGCCCAGUGCCUGGCCCUCCUCCCUCCCCAGGGAUUCCCCUCUCUCUGUUAGCAAUACCAGUCUCCAACACCACCCCCAGCUGUGGAAAGAGGAGCAGAGAAGAGAGCAAGGCCUGCUAAAGAGGAAGGCUCCUGUCCUUCAGGCAGCUCCCUCCUUUCUCCUUGCUGGGAAAACACCAGCCUUGGGCGCUGCCAUCUACCUGAAUGUUGGCUCACCUCCUGCCAUCUCUGUUAGCAGGGGAUUGCCUCCAGCUUAGCCAAGAGGGAGGGAUGUGUCCUUGUGUGCUGAGAGAAGAGAAGCAGCAAGGUGGAGGGGGCUCUUCUUUCCAGAGAUCCCUCUACAGGUGGGCAUUGGGAGACAGGCAGUUCUUGCUGGAUGCUCCUACCUGCUCCAAUAUGUCCCACAGAGGAUGCCAUCUGGCAUUGCUGCUCAGUUGACACUGCUGCUGUUUCAGCAGACACCUGUGUGGUGGGUACUCAGGUGGAAGUAGGGAUGUAUUGGCAGCUUGCUGGGAAAUCAAGAGGUCUUGCUAAUUAAUGUAGAAGGGAGCACACUGCAGCCACUUCUGUCUCAAACACCAGACUGUGAUCUGUGGACACCGCAUCUCCCAACAAGGGUGGUCCCUCUGGCCCUGAGUGUGGUUGGUGCCACAGACCUGUAGUCCACCAAACACAGCUCCAUCGUGAAGAUGUGAAUAGUCACUGGAUGCCUUUAGCUUUGGUGCCCCUUGCACCUAAAUUUCUUGUGUUUUAUUGUCACGCUCUUGGUGUUUGUGAAUUUUGGCACUGUGGUUGAAAGUUCCCCUACGUGGCAGGGUGGGAAAUUAUUAUCCUGUAGUAUACCCAAAAGAUGCUGCUUUGCAAGGAGAGGUUUGCUGGCACGCUGUGGAUACCCUGUGCAUUUCUAUCCAAGAGUAUAGUGGGUUGAGUGGCAGAGGUCAGGUUUCUGUCUUUUUCUUGGUGCUCAACUCUGCCACAUGUUGUAUCAGCACUAACAGUGUGAACAUAAAAGUAAGGACUGUGCUCUUCAAGUAGUAUUAUCAGAGCAGAAGCUUAGCACUCAGCUAGAACUAAAUCAUUCAACUUUUUAGCCCCCAGACGAAUUAGGAAGGCUUGAAAAUAAAAGUGAGGAGGACCUGGCCGCAUUUGAAGAGAUCUUGAAGUAGAUGAAAUUUUCCCCACACCUCACAGGAGAAAAUAGUCCAGAUCCAAAUAGUUUGGGCUUCACACCAUUGUCAUGCCUAAAAGAGGCUCUGCAUGAGGCAGAACAAAAACACAGCUGCUCUGUACACCUAUUCUUGCAGCUGCAACUACCUGCAAAUAUUUUCUAUUUGCAGACAACAAAGCCUGAUGAAAGGAGUCUGGACAGUAAUAACCUUGAUUCAUUUGGACAUGAAUGCAAGCAGUCACACUGAUGACUAUUGAGUCCAAGAAAUCCUGAAGUUGUUCAUAUCUACAGGGUAUUCCAGGAACUGUCCUGGAAAGGAGCAUGAGAGCUGUGACAGGGUGGCUGGGAGAAAAGGGUGCUCCUUGGACACCCAAACAGGGAAAUGUCUAGAAACAGGACACAGGAGUUACCUCUUUAUAUGGCAGUUGCCAAUGCUAAGAAUUUAUUUCACCUAGUUCAAAAUGUUUUCCAGUGACAUGGUUCAUCCUGGUUGGGUAAACAGCAGAGCUUCCACUCUAGAAACACAUGCCCUCAUCUUUGCAGAGCAGCAUUGGCAACUCAGAGGGAACUCAGGCUGUGGUAUGAUGGACUGUGCAGAUUUUGCCACCAAAAGCAACAUCCCUCCAAAUUCCAGCUGCCUCAUUGCACUUCUACCACCUCACAAUGGAGCAGUUAUUUGUUAAAGUGACUGGAAAUGCUUAUCCAGCAUGAAAACAACAGCUCUGGUUUUCUGGUUUGGUUUUCAUCUGGUUCAGUUCAUCAGUCAGGUUCACCAUUUGGUCACACAAUAGAAGAAGGAGAGGACAGAGAGUGUGACCACUUCUAGUGGCGCUAUAAUGUCAUAUGAGUUUGAAGUGUGGGUCAGAAUAGAACCUAAAUACAUCCUGCAGGUUUAGAAACUAGAAAACAGAAUAAACACAAACACAGAUUCUUCUGAGAAACAUAAAUCAUAAUGGGACUCCUAUUAAUUUAUCGGAGGGCUAUUAAUUUUAGUGUGUUCAGAUGGUAAGACUUUGUCGUGAAGCCUUUACCAGAUCUCCAUCCAGGUCUUAGAUGCACCUGCCAAAAAUGACACCGAAAGAGCUUGGAAAGAGGACUACAGGACUAUUAACAGGGUUAGCAAACCUGCCUCAUCAUGGGAAGCCAAUAAAGCACAAUCAAAGUAUUUGUUCAAGAGAAAGUUUAAAGGAGAGUUUUUGGCAGCACACCUAUACCCGUGUCAGGGAGGAAGCUCCAGGGCAGAGACAAGGUCAGGUUGGACAGGGACCUGAGUAGCCUGCUCUUCUGGAAGGUGGCCCUGCCCACUGGGAGUGGGGUUGGAACCAGAUGAUUUUACAGUCUUUUCCAACCCAAACCAUUCUAGGAUUCUAUGAUCUUCCAUCUGGCACAUGAAGGAGGGAGUAGCUGAGAACAGCAGAGGAAGAAAUUGGGCAAGCUUUUAGUUGUAAGCAAUCCUCCAGUGAAACUCCUACAGAAAUGUGGGGACUUUUUCUUACUAAAAGGUUUCUAAGAAACCGAGCUUUAUUCUAAGGGGUCUUUCUAUCAUGACCCAGCCAAGUAGCAGGCAAGAUGCUGAUGACACCAAGGUAGCAUCUCCUUGUGGUGCAGUAGAUUCCUGGUCCCACCAGGACUCGUGCCAAAGCUGUCAUAGGCUGGAGAGGCAUGAGACAAGUCCCACAGUUUUCAAAAAGCCAGAGAAAGAUCAGCAGCACAAAAAAUAACAGCCAUUCCCAGCACUGUUUGACAGGGCUGGGCUGAGGGUGCAGCUGAACCCACAGAGAUCUGGGACUAGCAUUAGUCAUCUCUCCUUGUGGUCAUGCUACCAGACUCCCUGCCCCAGCACCUUCCUGCUUCCCAACUGUCUCUGACAUGGAGCGGAGCAGGAGAGUGCAUCAAAAGCAUGGUGUCUCCAGGUCAUGUCUUCUGGGGUGGUACCCCAGGGUACUCCCAUCACUGGGGAGCAGCACACCCUGUUUGCAGGAGUUCACAGUCCUCUUGUUUGUCUCUCAAGAGGCAUUUUCCAGCAGGUGGAUCAGCAGGGAUACUCUCUGUUAGUAUUACGGGGAAAACAGUCCUCUAAAAGGGUUAACAACUCCUCUGGCUCCUCUCUUCUUCCACUGCCCUGCAGGGA